AUGGGGCAAGCUCAGGGCAUCUGGCCAUGCCCAGGGGGGCUGGGCAUGGAGGAGCUGAAGACAGCAAGAACAUUUGACCGCAGCGUGACCCUGCUGGAGGUGUGCGGCAGCUGGCCUGAGAGCUUUGGGCUGCGUCACAUGACCUCUGUGGACACCACGGAGGAGGGGCUUCGGGAACGCCUCGCCGACGCCAUGUCCGAGUCGCCGUCCAGAGACAUACUGGGCUCUGCUACAGAGCUCCAGAGGGAGGGCAGCAUUGAGACGCUCAGCAACAGCUCCGGCUCCACCAGCGGCAGCAUCCCCCGGAACUUUGAGGGCUACCGCUCGCCCCUGCCCACCAAUGAGAACCAGCCCCUCAGCCUGUUCCCCACCGGCUUCCCCUAGACAGCAGCCCUGCUCCCUGCCACCCUGCCUGCCUCUCCACGACUACACAAGACAAUACAGGGGGCACACAGUCCACCUCGUUAUAUUCAGAUAGCAAUGUGUUGUUGGCAACACUUCAAACUUGCCCACUUCCGUUAAAAGGCCCCUUUGGGUUGUAGACAGUGACCUCAUUUCAAAUGAUAAGCCUCUGCGAGUGUCUAACCGCUCCAUGUUUGGGAUGGUUACCUGGUAACUGAUGUUGCCGUGGUGCUCUCUCUCUUCUCCCACCGCAGAGUGGCUCGUCGUGGUCCUACCUGGCCUGGUGUGUGUGUACAGUCUGCAUGGCAGGUAGACAGUGUUCUGGUUUGUCGGCUGAUCUGAGUAUGUGUGUUUGAACGAGUAGCGUGUCUGAUGAUCUGUUGUUAAAGUUGUAUUUACUUAUUUACUCACCUGUGUGUAGCAAAUUAUUUCUGACCAUGCCCCCUUCCAUCUGUUUGUACGUGUGAAUGAAACCAGUGAAAAUAUUUUUGUUUUUUGAAUUUAUGCAUUUAUAUGGGCUUUAAUCUUGUUUUACAUAAUCUGAAAUAUUUCUCAUAGCUCACUUUAGAUUAUUAAUUUGACUCAGUUACUUGUAGUUGCUAACUGUCUGAGAAAAGUGUAGCUGCUUGCUAUAUUUGCAAAUGGUGACCAAUUCCUUUUUUUCAUUAUUACGAUUAGAAUGUAUUUCGUAAGUCACCGUGGUUUCUGUGGGUAACCUUUGGUGUCACUAUCUUCCUCUGAUGUCAUCAUAUUGGAUUAUGAUGAAGCCAGAGGCAUGUGCUGUAGAAAAUGUAAUCUGUCGUUGAACCUAAAACCACAAUUUGCCAGCUUGCUUUUCUAACAGUCUAAAUGAGUCCGCACUAUACUUGAGCAUACCACAUAUGACUUGAUCAAUGCCUGAUGCACUAUUGAAAAUAAAAGUCACAUUAGCUAACAAAAAACGGGUUCUGAAAAUGUUCUUUGUGCUGGUUUGUUUUCAUUUAAAGAGAAUUGUAUAAAAUUGAAUGAUAUAUCCCUUUCUCUCAUCAGAGCAACUAUGUGCCACAGUUGUCAUAAUGAUGCAUGUUACAGAAAAGGGUAUGACUUUAUUCACCGUAAUGCAGAACAUGCUUGAUAUUGACUGUAAUGCUUUGUAAAAUACCAAGUCAUUAUUUGCUUUACAUUAAUUAAAGUAAAAUAAGACUAGGGAAAUAUGUGUUUGUAGUUCUUAAAACAUGAAACCAAUUGUGUUGUCGCCACUGUUCAUAAAAAUACUGGAUAAUUUUGUUUAUAUAUUAUGACAAUGUUCAGUUUGGUAUUGGAAAUACUGUAUUCUUUAA